CCGCAGCGGCCGAAGCAGCCAGUCCGGGCUCUCCUUUGCGCCGCGAUGAGCAGUGGGGCGGCCACGGCGCGCCCGGGCUGCUCCGCCGCACCAUGAGACUCUCCUGCAAGGUCGUGGCCGUCCUGUUGUGCCUGGGCAGCCUGCUGCUGCUUUAUCUGCUCGGGAGCAGCGCCGACGAAGCGCCCCCCAAAGCUCCACCCGGCAAGAGUUGGCUGCGCGCUGCGCUCUCUGGCCCCGGGGGAGCCAGCGCGCCCUCGCCCCUCGCCCCGGUCAGACCCUUGGGAGCGGCUCAAGUUUCUAAGCGGCUCAGGCAGCCACGUCUCCACACGAAGCCAGGCAAGAGGAGCGCGGGCAGGCAAGACAAGUUUGCCGGCGUUAGAAAGCAUGGAGAGCCAAAACACCCCCCAGCCAUGCCGGCGGAACAAUGGAUGCACCUGGCCGUUGUGGCCUGUGGGGACCGUCUGGAAGAGACGCUCAUUAUGCUCAAAUCAGCUGUCCUCUUCAGCUAUCGGAAGAUUCGAUUUCACAUCUUUGCCGAGGAUUCACUGAAACCUGAGUUUGAUAAGAAGUUGCGCCAGUGGCCUUCCUCAUACACAAAGAAGUUUGAGCACAGCAUCUACCCGAUCACAUUUUCUGUUGGAAACGCUCAGGAGUGGAGGAAGCUUUUCAAACCUUGUGCUGCCCAGAGGCUCUUUCUCCCGGUGAUUUUAAAGGAUGUGGACUCACUUCUCUAUGUAGACACUGAUGUCCUUUUUCUUCGGCCCAUUGAUGAUAUCUGGAGGCUUCUAAAGCAAUUUAAUUCCACCCAGCUUGCAGCCAUGGCCCCUGAGCAUGAGAUCCCCAAGAUCGGAUGGUACAGUCGUUUUGCUCGUCACCCUUACUAUGGAAUGACUGGUGUCAAUUCUGGAGUGAUGCUAAUGAAUUUAACUCGAAUAAGAAAUACACAAUUCAAGAAUAGCAUGAUUCCAACUGGCUUGGCUUGGGAGGACAUGUUGUACCCUUUGUACCAGAAGUACAAGAAUUACAUCACAUGGGGAGACCAGGAUUUACUGAAUAUUAUUUUUUACUUUAACCCAGAAUGUCUCUAUGUGUUUCCAUGCCAGUGGAAUUAUAGGCCAGACCACUGCAUGUAUGGCAGUAAUUGUAAAGGAGCGGAACAAGAAGGCGUGUCUGUUCUUCAUGGCAAUCGGGGAGUCUAUCAUGACGAUAAGCAGCCAACUUUCAAAGCGUUAUAUGAAGUAAUGCGUGAUUUUCCCUUUCAAGACAAUCUUUUUCAAUCCAUGUAUUACCCUCUUCAAUUGAAGUUUUUGGAAACUGUACAUACUCUAUGUGGACGAAUUCCGCAGGUUUUUCUGAAGCAGAUUGAGAAAACAAUGAAGAGAGUGUAUGAGAAGCACGUCAUUGCCCACCUCAGAUCCAACAGGAUGUAUUACUAAAUACAGCUUGUAGUCUUCUCUCAAUUGUUGGCCAAUUGUUGCAUCUCUCGCAGUCAAGGAGAUAGAAAAAGCUUGAAGCAGGCUGGAUCCUCUUUCAUAGUCACAGUUUUAUGAUGCUCCCAGACUGUCGGUAAAAAUGCUUGCGAAAAUUUUGCAGUAUUGAUUUUGCUUCAAUGGAGUAUGCUUUUUUGUUAAAGGGUUUAAAAAAAAACUUUUUUGGUAGGUUUUCAUGUUAUUGCUCAUAAAACAUUGCUGCAACAGUAUGAACUAGCUGUGAAAAGGAAUCUUCGGGAGCCUUCUGGCUCCUAUUAACUGCACAAAAAUAUUAAGGGUCGCUUGGCACCUUACCGCCAUCCAGGCUCCCGAGGGAGACAGUCCCCGUUCAGUUGCCUUUUCCAUGACAACGCAUCUAUUAGAGGUAGCGUGAGUAAACUUGGGCAUCUAUGCCAAGAUUGUCUAUAGUGGCCUUAGCAAAAAUAGAGACAAGAUGACUUUUGUGUUUACAAUGCUUCUUUUGAAGCCCCUUGAUAGAAAUCCAGAGCCAUUCUGGGUUCCCAUUAAUUAGGGUUUUAUGAGGCAGUGUCGCAGUCGAUAAGCAUUUCUCAAGGUGCUUCUUAGGAGAAGUUUUUCCAUGUCAUUUGGAGACUCUGAACCAGAAGGACUAGCUAAGCAACAAUAGACUCUAAAAGGAAAUACGGUAAUCUCGUUAAACCCCUUGAGGAGCAUAUUGAGCUAAGGGGCGGGGAGAUGUAUUUACACACACAGAGGUAUUGUCUAGCCUUCAUCUUCUGGAGUCCCAGCCAUCAGGUAUCUAGUGUCUCUGAGCUCUUUGGCAAGAGAAGAAAAUUGAAAGACAACUCUACCCUGUUGUAAUGGACACCAAAGAGUUUAGCCAAUUGAAUUGGCAGAAAAUCCAACUUUCUGCUAGCCGCAGAAAUUCUCUUUUGUUUUAUACUUUGCUUUAAGUUUAUGUGUUCACAAAGAAAAUACUAACAUCCUACCAGCUGUGCAGAGUAGAAGAGGUUCACCUCUUACACAAGGGUCUCACCCUAUCUCCAUCUGGUGCCAUGAGAUUGUAGCCAUUGAGGGAUGCUGUAGGUCUGUACUUUUCAGAGGUUUGCUACAUGUAUGUUGAGAGUCAGUAUGUUUCAGUGGAGAGACCACUGGAUUUGAGGCCCAAGGACCAAGAUUUAAAUCCUUCCACUGCCAUUCUAUAACCUUAAGUUAUUUAAGCAUUCCUUCAUUUCUUUACCAGUCAAAUGAGGGAGUCUCCCCAAUUAGAUUGUAAACUCUUGGAGGUCAGGGACUAUCUUUUGCAUUUUUUUUUAAUCCCCAAUGCUUAUGACAGUGCCUGGCACAUAGUAGGUGCUUAAAAAUGGUUGAUUGAUUAGAUAACUGGCUUUCAGCUGUGCUACAGAGGCAGUAGAAAUGCUUCUGGCUUUGGAGUCUGAGGACCUGAAUUUGAAAUUUGGUUCUGCUACUCACAGCUUGUGCGAUCUUGGCUAAGACACUAAAUUUUCUGGGCCUCAGUAUACCAUCUGUAAAAAUGAGAAGGUUGGAUCAGAUGGCUUCUAAGAAAUUCUAAAUCUAUAUUUUCCCUUAAGACAAUUCUUUGAGAGGGAUAGGGGCAGAGAUUAUUCCCAUUUAACAGGUAGGAAAGUUAAUGUAGGGUUCCUUGCUCCUUGCCAAAGGUCCCACAUAGGCAGUUGAAUUAGGGAUACCUCUGAAAAAGUUGAAGCUAGAACCCCUGUUUGUCUGCCUCCUCAUUCAGUAUUAUUUUCACUGGCUCAGGCUUGCCCCAUUGUCUUCACAGACAUCCUUUAGUCCUGAUGGUGAUAGCGUUCAAGGCCAAAAAAUACAAAUUAUUCCUGAACUGGAUAACUGUAUAAAAUGUUUUCUUUUUUUCUUUAUGUAACUGUAAAAACAGUGCCUUUUUAUUGUGAUAAAUGUUUACAAUUACUUCACAACUCUUGAUCCUUCUCUCCAUAACAGACUUGAACAAUUAAGCGAGAGAAAAAUCCACAUUUUUUUCUGCCCUGGUAGGUAGGAUACAGAACUGCCCAGGAGUCCAGGACUCCACCUUGUUAAGUCUUAGAAAAAGUAUAAAAAUGUAAGUAUUGUGAAUCCUUUUAUGACUUUCUGCAUCAGAAUAUAUUUGGUUUUGGCUGUACCUAAUUUGGCUGAAGAGUUUUGAGAGCCCAAAGUGGAAAAGGAACCAAAGGAAAGCCUAUGGGGUAGCUAGGUGGCACAGUGGAUAAAGCACCAGCACUGGAUUCAGGAGGACCUAAGUUCAAAUCCGGGCUCAGAGACUUAGUGGGAUCAGGAGCAUGACUGGAAUGUAAUUCUGGAAGGACAUGGGGGAGGGGGGGGGAACAAUGUGGUAUAGUGUGCAGUGGAUAGAACACCUGGCUUGGAUUCAGGAGAACCCGAGUUCAAAUCCAGCCUCAGACACUUGACACUUACUAGCUGUGUGAUCCUGGGCAAGUCACUUAACCCCAAUUGCCUCACCCCCCCCCCCCCAAAAAAGAAGAAGAAGCACUUGGGUGAGGGAAAGAUGGAGGCAAACAUUUGGCCAAAGAGCAACAGAAAUAGAAGUGUCAUUAUAUUAUUAUAUUCCACUCUGGGAAAUGUACAGAAAGAUACAUACAACAAUUUUGGAUGGAUCGGUAUCCAAAUAUGUAGCCAUCUAUAAUGCUCUCCUCUUUUACAAGUCAUGGCUUCCUCAAAGCCACCAGACAUAUUGGAUGUCGUUCUCCACUUUUCUUGACAUUUCAUGGACUUCUCUGAUCUCUAGUUUCUCUUUAUCCACUGACUCUCUCAGUCCACCUUAAAGACAUCCCUCAGCCUUUGAAAAAAAAAGUUUCUCUGGCUCCUCCUUAAUCCCCUAGGUGAUCACCCAAUUUGUUGUUCACUUGUUUCAGUUGUGUCUGACUCUUCAUGAGCCGAUUUGGGAUUUUCUUGCCAAAGAUACUGGUGUGGCUUGCCAUUUUCUUCCCCAGUUCAUAUUGUCGUUGUUCAUCCUUCUUUCACAAAGGGGACCAUCGACAUCAGAAGGUGAUUUCUUGACUUGGCACAUGAAUUGGAUUUAAGUGAGGCAGAACUGGGCAAAGUUGACAGCCUCACUCUCCCUUCCACAGUCAUUGAAGUCCAGUGGCAAGACAAAAGUCAAGAACACUGGUGAUGGCCCAAGAUUCAGUGGGUGAACUUGGCCUUUAUAAAUUAAGGCCUUUUCUGGGUCUCAGUUUUUCUGAGACAAGGCCCAUUCAGUGACUAAGGGGUAGGUAAGAAUUGAGGCAAAAGAUGGUCCAGAGGGCAGCUAGGUGGCACAGUGGAUAAAGCACUGGUCCUGGAUUCAGGAGGACCUGAGUUCAAAUCUGACCUCAGACACUUGACACUUACUAGCUGUGUGACCCUGGGCAAAUCACUUAACCCCAAUUGCCCUGCAAAAAAAAAACCCCAAAAAACAAAAACAAAAGAUGGACCCUUAGAUUUUCUGGCUGGAACUGAAAACAAUUGCUAUUAAAACUCAUUCUAAGCCAUCAAAACUUAAAACAUUGAAUCACCAAGCCUUGGGUUGGGAGCUAUUAUUGGCCUUUCUAUAAUAGCCAGAGUGAUUUGGGUUUAAAGGUUAGUCAAAUAAUCCCAUUUGAAACAUAAUGGACUUUUUAAAAGCCUGUUUUUUCAGAGCUAUAUUUCAAGAAGUCAUGAAUAAAAACUUUGAAGGCCCAAAACCAAAUUUUCACAGCUUUUUGAAAAAGAGGGAAAAAAUUAAUAAUAAAAAAUAGAAAUAAUUUUUUAAAUAAAAAUUUUAAAAUCAAGCCUUAAACCUCAAAAUAUCUUCCAAAAUAUAAGCAACCAAAGAUUAUUAUUGUUAUUGUUGAUCCUUUGUUCUCUAAGAGCACAGAUGAUAUCAUGAGGGUGAUGACUAGACUUGCUUUUGAGUUGGAUUUAGGUGAGACAGAGCUGAUUUACCUUGCUCUCUUCUCCAGGGUCAUUGAAGUCCAGAGGCAAAACAAAAGUCAAGAAAACUGGCAAUGCAACCCCCCUACCCCCCAUCAUUUUACAAAUGAGAAAACUGAAGAAAACAGGAUUAAGUGACUUGCCUAAAUUCACACAGCUAGUAAGUGUCUGAGGCCAGAUUUGAACUCAGGAAUAUGAGUCUUCCUGACUCCAGGCUUGGUACUUUAUCCACUGUGUCUUUUCCCUUUCUCUGCCAGCUCCUAGAAAAAGCUGCAUCCAUUUCUUGUAUCCAAGUCCUCAUCUCCAAUUCUCUUCUCUUUCUCUUGUGGCUCAACAAUGAAGUAUUUGAACUAUCCAUCAAUUAUCCCACACUGUUGUCUUAGGAUCCAGCUUAUGGACAAGAAUCCCAAAGGAUGAAAAAGGCUGGAGAAACUUUGAUUUGCAAAGCACAAAAAGACUAUCCGUAAUCUAAGUAUAUCUGUUCCUGUAAUAUUACACUACAGGCUCAUCUUUUUCCAACCAACCCAGCUUGUCUCUUAUGGCCAGGAAGUUAUCAAAAGACACUCUUUACCCUCUUCCUUACUUCCACCCCUCACUUAAUGGGAUUAGUCUAAUUCCAAUCAAGCUGCUUCAUUAUAAAACCCCAGAUCUUAGAACUGUAAAUGUCCUGUCAUUAACAUGCCAUCUGAGUUUCUACUGGCUGUCAGCUAUUCUUUUUUUUUUUUUUUGAGGGGCAGUGGGGGUUAAGUGACUUGCCCAGGGUCACACAGCUAGUAAGUGUCAAGUGUCUGAGGCUGGAUUUGAACUCAGGUACUCCUGAAUCCAGAGCCAGUGCUUUAUCCACUGCGCCGCCUAGCUGCCCCUGCUGUCAGCUAUUCUAAUACCAUAAUUGAGUUUUGGUUGAGAAAGAAAAUAGUAGAGUGAUGUUUGCUUUUUACACUGCAAAACAUUUGUGACUAGUUAUUGUUUCAAAAAACAGAGUUGCUGUUUAAAACCAGAGGCAUCCUGGAAUAAUGGGGAAAAGCAAAACCCACUGAAUUUUAAUUCAGAGGAGUGGGAUCGAUCUGAUUUCUUACUACCUGUGUGACCUUGAGCAAACCUCUUUGAGUCUGUUUCUUUAUUUCUUUUUUUUUUAAAGCAAUAAUAAUAACAAUAAUAAAUGAGGGUAAAGGGACUAGGUGAUCUCUUAAGUUCCCUAAAUAGCUCUAAGCCCAAGCAUUCUGAGAUAUGUUCUAUGCCUAAGAUUUUCUGCAAACAUCCCUGGAAGUCAUGAAAUCAUCUAUUUAGAGCAAGAAAGGACAUUAGAUGCCAUUAAAUGUAGUCACCUCAUUUUGCAAUUGAAGAAACUGAGACUCAAUUUGAGUAUUUUCCCAAGAACACCCACCACCACCACCACCACCACCACCUCAUUGUGGUCUUAAGUGGAAAACUCCAAAAUUUUAAGACAAUGAACAGCUAGAAAGUUAACUUAUUUACUGCAAUUUUUUAAAAGUUAGUGCAUUUCUGUUUUAGUGUGAAACAUUUCAUUUCUCACUUGAAGUCAUAUGUACUUCAUAGUUAAUACAUUCAUUGCAAGUUGCUUGUAAGUUAUCCGGCAUUUAUUUUGACAAUGGGAAUUUGUGAGUCAUAAAUAUAUAAUUUUUCAUAUUACAGUUAUGGUGUUGGUAACUCAAUGUAUGAAUGCAAUCAUAACCUUGUCAUUUACACAGUCCUCAAAGAGUGGACAAGAAAUAGAAUAACAAAAGCACCAAAACCUCCUUAACUCGUAUGAAAUCAUUAUGCUUGGAAAUAAUGACUAAAUUGCAUGUGUUCAACCAAAGGCUGAAUCGAAUACAUUAUUUACAUUCAUGAAAAAUGUUGAAUUGUGUAUUGGGAGGGAGGGAGGAAAUGGAUUUACCUUCUGAUUUGAGUGCUAGCUGAGGUCAGAAGCCUGUAGCAUUAAUGCCAUUGGUGAGGGUAAACUAGUGGAGUCGUCAAUCCAUUCCCAUCUCAUAUGCCUCUUUUUCUUCAUUCUCCCUCCCCCCCCCCCCAUUCUUUGAUUCAGUUAAAAUCAAAUCAGGUCAAUAGGCAUUUAUUAAGCACCUUUUAUGCCAGGCAUUCUACUAAACACUGGGGAUACCCAUUCAAAAAGAGAACAGUUCUUGCCCUCAAGGAGCUUAUAUUUAUUCACUUCUUUCUGGCAGAGAAGUUUUGGAUGUUAUUCAGUAGCAUGCUGUGCAAAAGAGGUGGAUAGUAAUGCAUAUUUUUAUGUUAUAAUGUUGCUAGGCAUUUUUUAAAAAGGUUAAAAAAAGACAGAUGAGGGACCUGGGACUCUGAAUGAGGCGUCAUAAUUUGAUUGCACUCUGUGCAACAGAAAAAUGUUAUGUAGCUAGCAUUCAGUCCCAUGAUUACAUAGCACAUGAUUCCUUGAAAUUAGGCUUGAUUUGGCCAAGCUUUGUGGUAGUUUUAAUUUUUUUAUAGAGCAAACUGGAAAUCGCCUUUUGAGUCUUCCAGAGAGAGAGAAGGAGUGUGUGUGUGUGUGUGUGUGUGUGUGUGUGUGUGU